AUGCAAUCGCUUCUAAUACCCACUCAAGAAUCCUAUUUUCUCCUCCGCAUUUUGAACGGUAGCUUGCAAGCCCUGGAGUCGUUAAAGGACCAGAUUUCUCUCUAUUUCAAUCACUUUGUUUGUCCCAAAUCCAGCUUAGACCUGAUUGAAUACAGGACCAUAGGUAGCGAUCGGGACGAGAAGAGGGAAGCUUCGGACGGCGAAGAAGAGCCGAGAGCCGCAGUUUUCAACGCAUUGGAUGCAGUGUUAAAGGGAAAUUUGGAUCGUUUGAGAAGGAUGAGGGAAAGCAUAGGUUUGGGGAGUACUCGCAGUAAUGAGGCAAUCUUGGAAAUGAAAUACGAGUUCGAUAUAGCUAUGAUAAAAGUCUUGUGUUUGGAAGGAAAACUCGGAGCAGCCUUUUCUCUUUGGGAGACGUUGGUUAAACAUCAUAGGAUUACCGAUGUUAUUACUUACAAUUACCUCUUAAACGCGCUUUGUGAUAAGGGUUACAUAGCGAGGGCCGAGUGGCUCUUCAAAGAGAUGUCACUCCACGGCCCUUAUCCUACCUGCGCCACAUACAACACGUUGAUGAAAGGCUAUUGCCUCGCGCAAAAAGUAGACAAAGCUCUAGAUAUUUUUUAUACAAUGGCUAGUCAUGGAGUGAGGCCAAACAGAGUCUCGUGUAAUAUACUCUUGCACGCUCUUUGCAAGGAUGGCCUACUCGAGAAUGCGAGGAAGCUGCUCGCGAAAAUAUUGGACGACGAAAAAUCUGAAGGGGAAAGCUCGAGUUUAAUCACCAUAGGUUUGGGGAGUCCUCGUAGUAAUGAGGCAAUCUUGGAAAUGAAAUACGAGUUCGAUAUAGCUAUGAUAAAAGUCUUGUGUUUGGAAGGAAAACUCGGAGCAGCCUUUUCCCUUUGGGAGACGUUGGUUAAACAUCAUAGGAUUACCGAUGUUAUUACUUACAAUUACCUCUUAAGCGCGCUUUGUAAUAAGGGUUACAUAGCGAGGGCCGAGUGGCUUUUCAAAGAGAUGUCACUCCACGGGCCUUAUCCUACUUGCGCCACAUACAACACGUUGAUGAAAGGCUAUUGCCUCGCGCAAAAAGUAGACAAAGCUCUAGAUAUUUUUUAUACAAUGGCUAGUCAUGAAGUGAGGCCAAACAGAGUCUCGUGUAAUAUACUCUUGCACGCUCUUUGCAAGGAGGGCCUACUCGAGAAUGCGAGGAAGCUGCUCGCGAAAAUAUUGGACGACGAAAAAUCUGAAGGGGAAAGCUCGAGUUUAAUCACCUCGACUAUACUCAUGGAUAAUUAUUUCAAAAUCGGGAAAACGGGCGAAGCUCUUGCUUGUUGGGAUGAUGAGUUUGAGAGAGGCAUGGAUGCGGAUAUUGUUGCGUACAAUGUUGUUGUUCACGGGCUCUGUCUGAAUCGGGACCUAUGCCAAGUGUACAAAUCUUUGUCCGAGAUGUUCAAAAGUGGUUACCUUCCGGACAUAUUUACUUUCAAUACCCUUGUGGGGAAGCUCUGCAAAUCGGGCCAGGCUAAUGAGGCUUGUUAUAUUUUUCGUGUUAUGCAGAGGAUGGGUGUUUUUCCCGAUAGGAUCACGUACAGAAUUAUCAUCCGAGGUUUGUGUGUUAGUGGGGACGUGGUAAGGGCUCACCGUUUUCUUCUGCAUAUGCUGGAAAACUCGUUUUUACCCGAACCUCUCGUUUGGAAUGUCGUUAUACAUGGAUACGGGAAAUAUGGAGAGUUACAAGAUGCAUUGUCCGUGAGAGAUAAAAUGGUCGAGUUUGGAAUAGUGCCUAAUGUGUACACGUACAAUGCCUUAAUUUACGCACAUAUAAGAAAUGGAAAUUUGGAAAAGGCUCAUUACCUGAAGAGAGAGAUUCUUUCGGCUGGGCUCUGGCCAGAUUUGGUCACUUACAAUGUGUUGAUUGGGGUCGCAUGUAAAUUGGGCCACAUAAAUUCAGCUCUUGAGCUGCAUGACGAGAUGCUGAGGAGAGGGUGCAAACCGGAUAUAAUCACGUAUACUGAAUUAUUAAAGUGUUACAGCAUGCGGGGAAAAAUCGAGGAGGCGGAUCGACUCUUUUUCAAAAUAUGGAACUCGGGUUUGCUUAUCGAUCAUGUGCCACUUGUGAUAAUGAUGAAGAAAUAUUUCAGGAUGGGGCAGCUGGAUAAAGUGUUUGACCUUUAUCAGUUGUGGUCGCAGUUUGAGAUCCUUUACAGGUUCUACGUUUCGACGAUUGUACCAACGAAUGAUGACGAUGAAAAGAGUUCUGCACAGCUUUUCACGAUCACAAAUGCAAAAAUGCGAUUGAUAGCAAGAACGAACAUACGCGCCGGCUGUCAUAUGAAGAGAGUUUGCAAUGGAGUUUGA